AUGCUAUCGAGAUUAUUUAGCACAUCAUUGUUAGCAAAAAGAAUCACAGUUAGCUCAGAAAUUACAUAUGAAGGCAACACAGUAAAGAUCACUAGUAUUAGUGAUUUGGAUUCCAUAGAACAAUAUAAGGAAACUCUAAUAAUUGACGAUUCUACUAAAACUGGUACAUUAGGAUCCCAUACUGCUAUCGGCAAAUUCAAGAAAAUAGUUAUUAAAAGCCCUGUAACUGCAUUAGACUCAAAUUUAUUCACUGACAAUAAAAUUGUUACCGAUGUUACAUUACCAGAUUCUCUCAAAACAUUAAAAAGCAGCCAGUUUCAAGGAACUCCAAUUAAAAACAUUAAUCUUGAAAAUAUCGAAACUUUUGGCUCAAGGUGCUUCCAAAAUUGCCCUUUUAUAGAAACAAUGACGAUUAAGGCCAACAUUCCAAAUUAUUUUGCCUAUCAUUGCGUAUCAUUAAAAGAAGUUAAAUUAACUGAAAUGGUAUCAAUAAGCGAAUUUGCAUUCGCUUAUUGCCCCUCUUUGCAGACCAUUGAUUUCGAGAAAAUAACUUCUAUCGGGGAUUCCAGUUUUGCAUAUUCAGGCAUUAAGGAUGCGACAUUAACAAAUCAGAGAGUUGGUGAGAGGGCAUUUGCCGAGUCUGAUCUUGAAAAAAUAACAUUCAAAACGCCAUCAUCAGCCCAGAUUGACUCUAAAGCAUUUGAAGGAACAAACAUCAAAAAUGUAGAAAUUCCUUUGGAUUCUAAUUCAAAAUAUGAUUUUCAAGGCUGCAUCUUGUUAGAAACGGCAACAAUCACAUCAACUGAUACUUUUACUAUCCCUAAAAAUAUGUUCAGUGGUUGUUAUUCAUUGAAAACUGUUACCGCUCUAAAGGCCACUGCAAUAGGUGCAAAUGCAUUUUAUAACUGCAGUUCAUUGCAAACAUUGAAAACAGAUACAAUUGUUUCGGUAGGAAAAUAUGCUUUUCAAUAUUGCGAAAAUCUUGAGUUUACAGUUGAUUCAAGUCUUGUUGACAUUGGUGCAUAUGCUUUUUAUUACUGCAGAAAAGUUAAGAUUACCAAUUACAACCAGAGAGCACCAGAGCGAGGUGAUGUUUUAGAUCUCACAUCAGCUUUCGAAGGCUGCACAAGUAUUACAUCAAUUGUAGUCAAUACCUCUUUGUAUAACUCCCAAUUUAGAUGCUGCACAGCUUUAGAAUCUGUUACAAUUUUAGAUCCCGCAACAUCUAUUGGUCAAUACUGUUUUGCAAAUUGCACAAAACUCAAUAAAUUAACAAUAACUCAUACAGAAACGAAUCCAAUAACAUUAAACGUAGAUGCAUUUGCAUACACUACUGCAUUAACAACAGUUACAUUGAAUAACGUUACUGCUAACGAAAAAGCAUUUUAUUUCUCUGGACUCAAAGAAAUCACGAUUGGUAAUACAUAUUUCAGCGAUAAUGUUUUCUUUUCAUGCACAAAUCUCGAGAAAGUUACUGUAACAAGUGAUUGUAACCAAUUUAAUCCACUUGCAUUUUAUAAUCUAACAAAAAUCACAUUUGAAUUCAAAAACGGUGAAUUUCUUAAGGAAAAUGGUGGAAUUGUUACAAGAAAAGUUAUUGGUAUUGAUAAGAAUUAUAGUGUCAUUGAAUUCAUUCUUCCUUCUUAUAGCAAAGAAAGUUUUGCACUCUCAGGAGAUUAUGAUGGCGUUACACGUGGCGCAUUUCAUUUCGCUGAAAAUGUUAAAGAAAUAUCAAUAACAAAGAAAACUGAAAAAGAUAUUAGUUUAGGCUACUCAAGAUAUCUGAAAGAAUUAUCAAUCAGUAACAGCAAUUAUUCCGAGCCCUUGAAAACUAUUAAUAAUUUUUGUUAUGAGUGUAUCAAUCUCAAAACUCUAAAAAUCGAGAAAGCAGUUACAAAAAUUGGAGCGAAUGCUUUUCAGUCUUGCUAUUCAUUAAAAGAUGUAACAUUACCUGACGAAAUAGACAUCGGUGACUCUGCUUUUGCUUCAUGCACUUCAUUGAAAUCAAUAACAAUUCCAUUAAUAUUUGAAGAUACAUCAGAAGAUAAUAGAAAUAAUAAACAAUUAAUCUUUUCUGGCUGUACAUCGCUUAAAUCAGUUGAAUUUCAUCCAAGACAAUCCAAAAUUUUCAAAUAUAUGUUUCCUGGUUGUGGAUUUAAAGAAUUUACAGUUCCAGAUUCAAUAACAAGUAUAGGUACUGGCGCUUUUAUGAAUUGCGAUAAACUCUCAAAGUUUUAUUUUGGAAAAGGAAUGACUUCGCUCUCUAAUCUUCACAAUAAUUUUUAUGGUAAUUACGUAAAUCUUACAUUUUACAUUCCUGCAGAAGUAACAACCAUUAAGUCAGAUGCAUUCCUAUCCUUUGGAUAUAUUGAUGUCAAGAUUGAUGAUGAAAAUAGAUUCUAUUAUGCAAAAGAUAAUUGCAUUAUUAACAAACUUACAAAUGCAUUGGUUACAACAUUUGGAGUUCUUGAUAAAGUUUUCACAGUACCAAAGGAUGUUGAAUUUGUUGAUGGACGUAUAUACAUUGGAAAUACACCUACAUUUUCGGAUGCGGCCAACCAGAAAUUCCAAAAUGUUCGUCAAUUAAGAGUUUUGAAACUUUCUUCAAAUGUAAAAACUAUGGAGCCUUCUGGAGCUUCUAAUGAUAUUCAAAUUAGAUCAGUCUGCUAUGACGGAAAAUAUUUCAUGGGGACCGAUGAUUCUAGAACUAGUUUUAAUUUUUAUGUUUCUAAAAAUUAUAUUUUCCCUAGGAACUCUGACAAAUGCCAAUAUGAUUACACAUAUGAUGACAAAGUAAGGCAUGUUAUUGGAAUGACAGGUCCUGAAAUAGGACUUACAGUUUUCGCAGUCAUUAUUGGCAUUAUACUUAUUUUGGCAAUUAUAAUAUACUUCAUUCUUUAA